GGGGAUAGAGCUCAGUAAAGAUUGUGCCUUCGAGCAGAAUACUAAGCCGAAAAGUUAAAAAGCAAAAGAAAGUGAACAUUUUCAAAAAGGUUCUAGUCAAGAACUAAAGACAUUCAGACAGAACAACAACAAGUGAAAAGUUAACAAAGAGUUAUUUUUGAGCAAAGCAAACCAAAAACAAACAAGAUGCCAAACUCACAAUUCCCAAUUACACCACCUCCACAGAUGCCGUGCCCACAUUGGAACCACUUCCCCAUACAUCCGCAGGUGAAACUGGCAUUCGGCAGCUGCGGUGGCAACGGCAGCACAUCGCCGCCACCAUCGCCGAGCUCUUACUCCUACUGCAACGCUUGCAGCGCCUGCAAUGCCAUGAAAAAGCGGACGGCAUGAGAUAUGCCCACAGCAGCCUCGGUGCAACAGAACAGCAACAACAAUGGCAAUAAUACAAGUAACUGAUUGUGUUGCAAACAGCGGUACAGCCGAUUCAUGGCGACAGCGUCCGGAAGACAGCGCGAUGGAAGACCGUAAGAAACACAAAGGCGCUCAUACCAAGAUGGCAGGCAGGCAGCGCUGCGAAGCGUAGAAACUGGAAACAAAGACUGCCACACACUGUCGCCAAGUAUGGCUGAGACAAAAUUGAAAAUAAAAAUAAAAUUGAAUUCUUAAAAGUGAAAAACCGCGAUAUUUAUAACAGCAACCGCAAUGUGGUUAAAAUUGGCGUUAAAGUGGAGCAUUAACCGUUGAGAGACAACACCCAAGCCAACGUUGCGAAACCAGUUUCGGGACUUGAAAUAUAAAUACGCAUUAUUGCCGUUGUUGUAUGGAGUGUACUUAGUCGAUACAAACGAACACUACUUAACAACAAACAUACAUACAUACAUACAUAUAAUACGGGUGUCAUAUUGACGCCAACAACAACAACAACAACAACAAUACUAAAAAUAUAUUUACUUACACGUACUUAUAAGAAAGCAUUUUUGAAAGCAUUUUAAAAGCUGAACUUACAGCACUUAUCAUAUAAGUAGACACACAUACAUAUGUAUGUGCUUAGUUUAAGUAAAUAUAUACAUAUAUAUACAUAUAUGAAAGAGCCGGCGUCUUCACUAUUAAUACGCCAAAGACUGUAAAAGAUGUUGUAUCUUUUGGAAUAUCCCAUCAUAUUUAGUAUAUAUGUAUGCAGUUAUAUAACAUAGUCAAUAAAUUUGUAUCCAAAAAUGAAUUUAUACAAAUAAAUUUUAUACUUCAAAGUCAAUUUUA